UCUCAGGCCAUAUGAGGCCCAUCUUCUGUGGAAACUUUGAGUAUGAUGCGCGACAAUCUGAGCUGGAACGACUUUUUAGACGCUAUGGAAGAGUUGAAAGAGUGGAUAUGAAGUCUGGAUUAUUUUGGGAAAUCCAUACUCUCCCUGAUGAAUGGGCUCAUCAGUAUUCUGAUUCCUGCCUGUGACGAGCUUCCUCUUCUUGAUUUCAAGAAGAGUCACUCUGAUUGGCAAUGGUAGGACCUCACCAAUUUUCCUGAGACAUAUUGCCUUUCAUUCCACAUGAAUUUUGCCCAGCCUUCAAUUUCUGACAUGUUUCAAGAUAGAAACAUUGCCGACCUCACAGGAGAGGCAGCAGAAUAGAUGGAGAAGGCACUCUAGUUUCAUUGACCCACCAUGAGACAUCCACUUUUGGAUUCUAGUUCCUUGACAUCACUUAAUUCACCACACAAGGAUUUGCUUUUAUCUAUAUGGAAGAAGAGAGGGAUGCUGAGGAUGCAAUUCGAGGACUUGAUCGAAUAGAAUUUGGUCCCAAGGGUCGUAGGCUUCGUGUUGAAUGGACAAAGCAAGAACGAGGCAUUAGAAGGCCUGGUAAUUCUAGAAGAUCAGCUAAUACUAGACCAUCCAAGACCUUGUUUGUUAUCAAUUUUGAUCCACAUCAUACAAGGACAAAGGACUUGGAGAGGCACUUUGAUCCAUAUGGCAGGAUAGUUAGCGUUAGGAUUAGAAGAAAUUUUGCAUUUGUUCAUUAUGAAUCACAGGAGGAUGCCACAAAAGCAUUGGAUGCUACGAAUAUGAGCAAGUUGAUGGAUCGUGUUAUUUCGGUUGAGUAUGCAGUUCGAGAUGAUGAUGAAAGGAGGAAUGGUUACAGCCCUGAAAGAGGUCGCAAUAGGUCACCAGACAGGCGAGGCCAUGAUAAGAGGUGGUCACCAAGUCCUUACCAAAGGGAAAGAGGAAGCCCCAACUAUGGCCGUGGCCCUAGCCCUGGUCCUAACCGAAGAGAGAGGGCUAGCCCAGAUUAUGGCCGUCGUUGCAGCCCACGUCCCUCCAGGAGAGAGAGGGCUAGUCCUGACUGUGGCCGAGGCUCAAGCCGUAGUCCUUACAGGAAAGAGAGGGCAGGCCAUGACCAUGGUCAUGGGCCCAGCCGUAGUCCUUACCGUAAAGAAAGGGUUACUCCUGAUAAUGGUCAUACCCAUAGUGAUAGUCCUUAUCAAAGGGAAAGACCCAGCCUAGAGAGUGGUCGCGACCGUAGUCGCAGUCCAUAUGGCAGAGAAAGGGCUAAUGCAGACAAUGGUCGUGGUUCCAGUCAUAGUCCUUAUGAGAGGGGUGGUGCCAGCCCUGACAAUGGUCGUUGUGCCAGCCCAAUUUCCCUGCCAGAAGAGAGGGACGGUCCAAAUGGUGAAGCUGAAAGUCCCAUGCAUGAGAGAUACCACAGUCGUUCACCCCCGGCAGAUGAAUGAGGCUGCAUUCCGAUGCUCUGAAAAGAACACUUGCUGGUUCAUUGGUUGUCAUGAAGAUGGAACUCAAUUGGCAGUCUUGUUUGCUCUUUCCAUGAUAAAUGCCCAAUAACUCGAUCGCAACUUAUGCCCUUGAUUUUGUGAUUUAGGAUCUAGUCGAUGUUAGUAGGUAGUUUGUGCUUUUAUUUCUGCAUAAAAACUGUUGGGUUUGUUUGAAACUAGAAACCAUUAAUAGAAACCAUGCCACCUAUGCUUAA